GGUUGGGCCUUUUCUUACUGUAUCUGCUUGCUUUGCUACUUCUCUCUCUCUCUUCACUGAAAUCUCACAGCCGUCAUCACCUCUGUUCUUCUUACAAUGGCCGACGUUGACGCUUCAAAGCCCCCAUCAUUAGCUGAGGAUUAUUUACUGGUUGAGAAAAAACAAAACACACUCGUGGCUGAGGAAACUGUUCAAAAGGAAAAGCCUAGUGCUGUUGCAAAAGAAGCUGCUCCGAUUGCUGGAAAGGGUAUUGAAGCCACAAAUGUUUCUAGUGAAGAAAGUAAGGACUCUAAUUCUGUUGAGGACAGUGCUGACUCAGCUCCCAGUGAGGAAAGCAGUGACAAUGCUGAAUCUGGAGACACAGCUGAACAAGAAGCUGAAGAAACUCCUGAGAUAAAGCUUGAGUCUGCACCAGCAGACUUUCGUUUCCCUACUACCAACCAAACCAGACACUGCUUCACCAGAUAUAUUGAGUAUCAUCGGUGCAUUGCAGCAAAAGGUGAAGAAGCACCUGAGUGUGACAAAUUUGCUAAGUAUUAUCGCUCUCUUUGCCCCGGUGAAUGGGUGGAUAGAUGGAAUGAGCAAAGGGAAAAUGGCACUUUUCCAGGCCCUCUGUAAUUGAAGCCCCACAAAACUGUCAAACAUUCUCAAAUCUGUUUGAUGCAAGGAGAGUUUCUUAUUCUUGAAAGGUCUGAGUAAUAAGAGAAUUUGGCUUGUUCUUGUGAGCACAUGAAGUUCCAACUCGUAAUGAGGUGUGACCUCUUCGAAUUUUUGUCUAAUGUAUCUUUCAUCUGAUUAAAACUAUAAGUAUACCCAAUUUCCGUA